AGUGUUUGGAAUCUUUGGCAUACCCAAAGCAUGCAUGACAUGAAAGGGAACUUUUUGAAUUAGAAAUUGCGGGUUGGGGUACUUUACGAACACCUUCACCCCACUCCAUCUCUUGCUUCCAGCACAAAUACCCCCCCUGCCUCUUCCUCUGUUGCCUCCUCUUCUCAGGUUUCUCUUUCUUCAUCCAAAUCCCACCUUCUAAGCCUUCUCCUCCUUCCCUUCUCCUACUCGGGUUUUCCUUGGCCUAUUUCUCUCUCUCGAGGGAGGGAAGAGCGAGUGCCUUCGGAAGCCGCAGGAAAGCUGCCACCUUUCGCCGUUAGCCAUUCCGGCUUGCUCCUAUUUCGCCAAGGUUUUGAUUAAGCUCGGCGUACUUUAUCUGCUUCGAUAAUGGCAUUUUGUCGUUCUUGCAGCUUAAUUCUUCACGGUAGAGCAGAUCGCUUUCCUCAAACAGAUUCCAGAACAAUGGGCGACCAUCUUGCUCUGCUUGUGGACCAUUUGCUCACCGAGUCGACGCUUGAGGCUGCAAUUGGAAACGGGAAACAAGCCCAAAUAGCUACCGAUUCUGCCUCAUCGGGUGACCUUGGCAGUAAUUCUACCCCGAACACGUCUGUUGGGCACCGGACACCCUCAGGGAAGCUGGUGGAGUGCAGAAUCUGCCAAGAGGAUGACCAUGAUUCCAACAUGGAGAUCCCUUGCUCAUGCUGUGGCAGCUUGAAGUAUGCUCAUCGGGUAUGCAUUCAGCGGUGGUGCAAUGAGAAAGGAAACACAAUGUGUGAGAUAUGCCUCCAGCAAUUCAAGCCAGGAUAUACCUCUCUGCCAAAGUUGUUUCAUUAUGGGAGAGCUCCGAUGAACUUCAGACACACUCUCAGGGGAAGCUGGGAUAUAUCCAGUCAGGACCUUCAUGAUCCCCAGAUUCUAACAGUGGUUCCAUCUGGUGUCAUCGAGUCAAAUUAUUAUGACCAAUUAGUUUCAAGGUUAAGAAGCGCAAUUUGUUGUCGGUCAGUCACCAUAAUCUUCAUGAUUCUUUUGGUUCUUCGCCAUACUCUUCCUCUCAUAAUCAGUGGAGCUGAGCAGUACUCAUUUACUCUAUUCUCACUGCUGGUGUUGAGGACUGCUGGAAUACUUGUACCCAUCUUUUUUAUUGCUGGAACAUUAACAACGUUUCAUCACUCCCGUCGCCGACAGGCAACUCGGCGAAUAUUAUCUGCCUCUUCAUCUCAAGCAGAGAAUAUGUAAAUGAAGUCCUUCCGUUCACAUGCAGUCUCAGCCACAUAUCGUCCGAGCCUACCGGCACCAAACAAAUUGUAGAGUUGGUGACCAAUUAUGUGAAACUUCACAGUCGAAAGUGUCAUAAUGAAAGCAAUAUAUGACACCAAUAUACCUGUAAAGAAAAGAAGUGCCAAUGAUAAUUGAAGCUUCUUGAGGAAUGUUACUUCAGAAUGCGCAACAUAAAACCGUUCUCUGCCUCUAUAAAGGUUGCGAGGAAAAGUUCGGAACAUUUCAGCACUGGAAGAAUUCAGCAGCUGAACAUGAUACUUCACAUUCAUAUGAAAGAUGGAAUUUGUGCCAGAUAUGAUGGAAAAAAAUCCAAAGGUUCAACUCUGUAUCAAAAUGUGCAUUUCACCUUGAUGUUCUUCAUUUGUUUGUUAUAAAAGUUUCCUGAAGUUGUUUCCUGUUUAA